GCUCUCUGACGGGAUACGCUGUGAGGGGAGGCGGUGACACACCUGGGACUAUACAGCAACUCAUAACUCAACUUUUCCCUGAAAAAUGUCUUAACUCGAAAAAGCUGCCAGGAUGUACACUACAGAGCGGAGGCGCAUGAGCCUGCGGGACCACAACAAGAGGAAAGAUCCAAUUUGGGUUUCCACUACCGCUGGAAGUUUGUGGCAGGACUCUCUGGCGCUGGAAGUCGGCUCCAGCUGUAAACAGCUCAUCUCUCCGCGGAGUCGGACUAGACCCGUGUCCGUGGCCUACAUCGUCAACGAAGACGCAUCAGUGCCACAGACCGAGGAGAACUUGUCACUGAAAUGCGUAAAAGAAGCGUGCGCAGACGCAAACGCAGUCUUCAACACCAUCUCCUUCGAGCGGAUCUCUCUCGGGACAACUGACAUUCUGGAUAGUUUCUAUAACUCAGAUGUAGCAGUGGUGCAGAUGAGUGACACGUUCUGUCAGCCUUCUCUCUUCUACCACCUGGGAGUGAGGGAGAGCUUCAGCAUGACCAACAACAUAAUCCUCUACUGUUACAAGCAGGACAGUGACCUACACGCGGUCAAGGAGCAGUGUGUCAGUUAUACCUUCAUCCCCUAUGUAGUGUCACCUCAGGGUAAAGUGUUUGUUUGUGAUGCCACCAUCAUGACCGGCAUUACUGAACUCAUGCAGCCCAGGUUCCAGCUGGAGCCUCUCCUCACUCCUCUUGUGGAAAGACUGGUCCACCUGCUCAACAAUGUGCAAGUCCAGUCUAGUGAGUACUUCCGGGAGUCCAUCAGACAUGACAUCCGGAUGGCCAGGGAGCGUUUCCGAGGACAUUCCCUGACCGAGGAGCUGAAGAGGAUCGAGGCCCGACUGGAUAGUGUGGAGCUGCUCACGCCUGAUAUCGUCAUGAAUCUGCUGCUGUCCUACAGAGACAUCCAGGACUACGAUUCCAUUAUCAAUCUGGUGGAGACCUUGAACAAACUGCCCAUGUGUCUCGUAGCAAGACACCAUAAUAUCAAGUUUCACUACAUCUUUGCUUUGAACAGGAGGAAUCACCCAGGAGACAGAGCCAAGGCCUUACAGUGCAUCCUGCCCCUGGUGCAGUCUGGAGAGAAGGUGGCAUCUGAUGUCCUCUGUCUGUGUGGGCGCAUUUACAAAGAUAUGUUCAUGAGCUCAGGGUUCACAGACCACCAAAGCAGAGAUCAAGCCAGCUACUGGUAUGGCAAAGCAUUUGAGACAGAGCCCACACUCCAUUCAGGCAUCAACAAUGUGGUCCUUCUGAUGGCAGCUGGGCAUGAAUUUGACACAUCUAUUGAACUACGUAAAAUCGGUGUCACCAUAAACACACUGCUUGGGAGAAAGGGCAGCCUGGAGAAGAUGAAGGAAUACUGGGAUGUGGGCUUCUAUCUGGGGGCCAACAUUCUGAUCAAGGAGCCCAGGAAAGUCAUUGAAGCUUCUGAGAAACUGUACAAACUCAAAGCACCUAUGUGGUUUGUAGCUUCGAUCAUGGAGACAUUCAUCCUGUACCAGCAGUUUGCCAAAUUACCUGAAGUGAGGAGCCCUAAAGAGGAGACCAUGGACUUCUGGAUGGAGCUGCUUCUACAAACCUGUAAACCCACCAUGUCGAAAGGCCGCUGCCCUGUACUUAUCCUUGAGCCCAGCAAACUUCUCCAGCCUGCCAUAGUUUGUGUGAAUGAGGAGGACGAUGGCCGCACUGUCCAGUUGAAACAUGUAUCGCCUCAGGAGAAAGGCUUGCAUCAGUGGACUUUCCCAGCCUCUGAAAUUCGUGGAGUCAGUGCUUCAAAGAUUGAUGAGCGCAGCUGUUUCCUUUAUGUCCACUACAACUCUGAUGACUUUCAACUUUGCUUCCCAUCUGAAGCCCACUGCAAAGGAUUCUGUGAACUGGUAAACUCUCUCCUGCUGCAGGCUGACGACCUGGAUCCAGUCUUGAACUCCCAGAAUAAUGGAAUACUGGAGUACAUUUAUGAGACCAAUGAGAAUGGAGACAAGGUGGUGCUCGGAAAAGGCACGUACGGAGUGGUGUAUGCUGGGAGGGACCUGAGCAACCAAGUCCGCAUCGCUAUCAAGGAGAUUCCAGAGAAGGACAGAACAUAUUCCCAGCCACUUCAUGAAGAAAUAGCUCUGCACAAAAGGCUGAAGCACAGAAACAUUGUCCAGUAUUUAGGCUCAGUCAGUCAAGAUGGCUUUAUCAAGAUCUUCAUGGAGGAGGUCCCUGGAGGAAGUUUGUCCUCCUUGUUGCGCUCCAAAUGGGGUCCACUGAAAGACAAUGAAGCCACCAUUAUCUUCUACACCAAACAGAUCCUGGAAGGACUUAAAUAUCUCCAUGACAACCAGAUUGUGCACAGGGAUAUAAAGGGUGAUAAUGUCCUCAUCAACACAUAUAGUGGUGUGCUCAAGAUUUCUGAUUUUGGAACCUCAAAAAGACUGGCUGGAAUCAAUCCUUGUACAGAAACAUUUGCUGGAACACUCCAGUAUAUGGCCCCAGAGAUCAUUGACCAGGGACCACGAGGUUAUGGGAAACCAGCUGAUAUCUGGUCUCUGGGGUGCACUAUCAUCGAAAUGGCAACAGGCAAGACGCCAUUUCAUGAGCUGGGAAGUCCUCAGGCAGCCAUGUUUAAGGUUGGCAUGUUCAAGAUCCAUCCCACAGUCCCUGAGUGCAUGUCGGACGAGGCCAAAGCUUUUAUCAUAAGAUGUUUUGAGCCGAACCCUGACGACAGAGCCACAUCCACAGGGCUGCUGGCAGACACAUUCCUCAAAUCAUCCAAUAGAAAGAAACAGAAAGCUCCACAAGAACCUGAAGCUAAUGAUCCGCUUUCUACUUCUGACUACCAGAGGAGCUUUUCUGUGCCUGUGUCCAUCCACAUAGAAGAUACAGAAGAUUCCUAUUCUGGAUUUGUGGACCUGUCCUCUUCUCUGGACCUCAGAAGAACCAUGGCGAGUCUGAAAGUGGAGGAGAUGUCUGAAAGUCCUACAAGCACCAGCAGCUUCCUGUCGAUCCCUGAGGAGUCCCCUGCAGACCUGAGUAGCCCCUGCUCCACGGGGGAGAGUGUGGGUCUGUUCAUGCUGCGGAAGGACAGUGAGAGGAGGGCCACUCUGUACAGGGUCCUGACCGACUACAUCAACCUGGUGGUCAGCAACAUCCAGGAGUCUGGCCCACAGAUUGGGGAUGGGCUGUGCCUCUCUGACGAUGACAUCACUGAACUCAUUAGUUGCUUGCGAAACAACAUCCGCUCCCCAGACAAGAGACAGCUGACCACGAACCUCCUGAACCUGCGGAAAAGGCUGCUCUCUAAAAAAGUACCUCUGAACAGCCUGCAGGUGGUGCUCUUCAGCUUCCAGGAUGCAGUGAAAAAAGUCUUAAGGCAGCAGCAGGUAAAGCCUCAUUGGAUGUUUGCUUUGGAUAAUCUGCUGAGACAAGCUGUGCAGGACGCCAUAACAGUUCUUCUGCCAGAGCUCAAACUGCAAUUGCAAUCAUCUUUUGAGGUCGAAGACAGCAGUCCCGAGGAGCAACCAACAGAUUUAGAUACGCCUGUAAAUGGCCCUGACAAGCAGGGGGUGCAGUUUGACAACCAGCACACACCAGCGCUCAAUGGGAUUCCAAGUCCCCCUUCAGACCUGAACUGUCCCCUCAGCGAGUCUUUGAGAGAGCUGCGACUAGAGACAAGCAGACUGCUGAGACAGCUGAAUGAGAAGGAGCAUGAAUACCAGGACUUACUGAGAAAGUCUCUCCAGAGGAAACAGCAGCAGAUAGAUGAACUCAAGGACUCAACAAGCACCAGUCCUGAUGACAUUUUCACUCUUCAAAACAACUCCACCCCUGAGGCUAGAGCAAUGGCGCGCUGGCUCAAGUCUAUCCCUAUAGAUAAAGACACUAUUGAUAAGCUCGUGUUCCAUGAGUUCACCUUGGAUAUUCUGUUUGGCGUGGCCUGCAGGGACGAUCUGAUGUACUGUGGCAUAAGAGGCGGCAUGUUGUGUCGACUGUGGGCGACCAUCUUGUCUCACCGGAGGACACAGCUGAGCACUCACAGUGAGGAGAGAGAAGACACUGCCUUCUGAUGGCAGUCACCUCCUGUAUCCAAGGACACUAGUAUUGUGAGGUCAACACCAUGGAUCUAUUAGGUCAACACAUACACAUAAUUAACACACAUAUUAACACAUAUUUUUUGUUAAUGGUGUCUUAUAAGACCAUUUGGGCUCGGCAUUCUUUGUGUAUGAAUGAAUGAAUAGUUUAUUAUUGUGUCUUGCAUACAAACACUGACAAAGGAACUGACUAGCUACUGCUUUGAGUACUGUAUAAAUUGUCUUAAUAGAUUUCUAUUUUUAUGUACAUGUACUGUAAAAAGCAUUUAUCUUUUUACUAACUUCAAAUGAUGCCUUUUUUGUAUGACAACACUUAGCUGGAUCUAAGCUGUGUAUUUAAGAUGCUUUCGAGGUAAUAAAGGGAAUGCAUGAUAAAGUCCAUUUGUGCAAGCAGUAAUGGGUGAGUGGGGUGUGUACUGGAUGGAGCGAUGAAGCUGGUGACUAGUGCAAAAAUUCCUUAUGUGUUUCCUAAUCUGUUUUUACACUGUUGACAUUGCCAUAGAAACAAGACAUACUGCCUUGUAGACUAGUAAUGCUGAAAUCAAUUGUUUAAAAGGCAUAGAUGCAUUUACUGUGCAAUAAUUAAGUACACAUAAGGUGAUCCAGUUAUGCAGCUCUAUUCCAAAAGAUAAUAAUUUAUUUCACUACUUAUGACCCUACCUGAACGCUAAAUAAAAAUUAUAUGGACAUUUUGUUGCAAUUUGUAGCAAUUUGGACAAAUAUUUUUUGUACAUUUUUAGAUCAAAACAGAGACAACUACAAAUAUUAUUAAAACCCCACCUUUUAGCUGUAUACAGUUUGUACAACCAAGCCAAACAUUGCUAUACAAGAUGUCUCAAAGCUAAACAUAGACAUGCGUAGGAAUUACAGUUUCAUUGCUAGAAAUGGCUUUAAAGAGAUUAAGUUUGCCCUACAUAUGUCCUUAGGAUCUUUUGCUGAACAGUCUUGUCUACAACUGUCAAACCAAAACACUAUUAACUUACUUAUACUGUAUCAAACCAUUAUGUCUUCUUGAUGUUGAUCUUGUUAUGUCUUCUCUUGAUGAGAAUGGAAUUCCUUCUCUGGAUUUAUUUUGCACUCAUUCAAAUGGCAUACUCCCAACAAUUGAUCUUGUCAGAGUGCCCUUGAAUGCACAGUGAAAAUGAAUCAGUCAGAUAGCUUCAAGUCCCAUUCUCCAAUUCAUAUUUUAUAUUCGAUGUCAGGUCAUUUGUCUAAUGCACUUGUGGAGGGGCUUUUGCACUGAUUUUGAGUAUUUGUUGAGUGUUGAAAGCUCACUCUGUCUUACAAUAAGCUUAAUAACAAUGGCAUUAAUACUGGCUGACUAACAGAAUACAACCAUACAAGAUACUGUUUAACCAGCUUGUUUACAUUGAGCAUCUUAAGUUCAUGUUUCAUUUCUGAUUAUUAACAUGUGUUGUCAGGAUACUACAAUUUAAACCUGUUUUGACAAAGCUUGACACUCAAUAAAUGAUCUUGUAAUGUA